ACGAUCAUUGAAGUAUGAACCGAAAACCGAAGCAAUAACCACCAUUUUGUAUUUUGUGGAGUGUUAUUAUUGAAGGAAGAGUGCAAAAGUUUGAAGAAAUUUAAUACAAAAUAGACUCAAUACUUAUUAAAAAUAAUGGUGCAGGACAAAAAUUCUGUCCGCAGCAGCCGACGGGAUAGCAAAGGAAAAAGUUCGGAAAGCGAAGCGUCCGAGAAAGAAGUGAAAAAAGAAAGAGGUCGCGAUAAGAAGAAGAAGAAUGAUAAAAGUGAUUCUUCUUCCAGCGAUAGCGGUUCCAGUAGUAGGAGCUCAUCAAGCAGUUCGCGAUCGUCGAGUGGCUCGAGUUCAUCUCACAGCUCAAGCUCGGGAUCAAGUUCUCGAUCCAGUUCAUCAUCCAGUAGCUCAAGCUCCAGUGAUUCAUCAGUAGCCAGGGCCAAGGCUAAACGCAAACCAGGAUCUCCAAGUCGCAGUCAUUCUCGGUCACCGGAACCGAAAAAGGCAAAAGAGGACAAAGAAAAAGAUAAGAAAGAAAAGAAGCCAGAAAAAGUCAAGCCGCCAUCCAAACGUGCUAGUCGAUCACCCAGUCCUCGACGCAAGCGCAAGGAACGGUCGCCGACACCGAAGCCGGUGCGAAUCCACGUGGGUCGUCUGACACGCAACGUGACCAAAGAUCACAUCGUCGAGAUAUUUGCCACCUACGGCACCAUCAAGGUGGUCGAGUUCCCGCCCGACCGUCUGCACCCGCCGCAGGGCAGGGGCUAUGCCUAUGUCGAAUUCGAAACGCCCGAUCAGGCCGAGAAUGCCAUGAAGCAUAUGGAUGGAGGUCAAAUUGACGGACAGGAAAUCACCUGCGCACCCGUUCUGCUGCCGAAGAUUCGUCCACGACGCAGUCCGAUCCGCCGCGGUGGAGCGCCUCCGCGCUGGCUGCAGAACCGCUCGCCGCCCCGCUACCGCCCCCGCCGCCACUCGCCUUUGCCGCCCCGCCGCCCCCGGCACUCGCCGCCUCCCGCCCGCCGUCCGCCGCGCCAUUCGCCUCCGCCUCCGUCUCGCGGCGGACGCCGGCGGUACAGUCGGUCUUCGUCUAGCAGUUCCCGCUAGAGAAAGAGGAUGAAUGGAUUUCGCUGCAGCGGAAGUGAGAUAAUGUCAGUUUUCAUUUACACUAUGACGGCUAAAAACAGGACAGAUGAAAGUGAGACAUGUGACUUGAGUCAGGAUUUGUUUUCUGAAGCUACGUUUAGACUUGGUAUGUGUUGUAAAUGAAAAUUUAUAAGACUCUUAUUAAUUAAGAUACUAUAUUCAAUUAUGUAUGAUAAAGAGUUGAUAUUGUUGAUAUUAACUGCCAUCUAGUUAUUGCUAACUCUGGUAUACAAAUCUGAACGUAGAUAGAGAACUUUGAACCUAAGAAUCUGUCCUUGAAUAGGGGUGUCAUUCAUUUAUGUGCCAGUAUUUGAAUAUUUCGUUAUUUGUGUUUAUUAUCCAAAAUUAUCGAAACAUUUCAAACAAUAUUAACAAAUUGCCAUUUAAAAAGCAAUAAACCUUUAAAACCUUAUUGAACACAACCUUUCAGGCUAUUUUCAUAAACUAGACAAUUUUAAAUAUCGCAGAUCUGAGGCACUCCCUUCAAUAGAAACUCCUAUUAUUCAUGAAAGUUUAAUUUGUAAGGCCGUUGAAAGGCUGUCUAUGUUGUUUCUAGCUGUAUCUGCUUGACUUUAUAUAAUGAUGAUGUGAUGCAUUACGUGUAAUCACAAAAAUCUGUAUGAUUCACCAGAAGAUGAAAGACUUGACUAGAAAGUAUGAUGAAUCAUUAACUUGUUUUUGACAAUUCAAUGAUCGAUUGUAUCCGUAUCAAUGUUUCAGUGACUUUAUGGUGAUUAUUGAAAGUGUUGUUGAAUCACAUCCCACGAUCAGAAAGAUUGACCAGCACUCCUUCUUAGAGUAAGUUUCUAUUUUAUUCAUAAUAUUCUAUCAAUUUUCUCUUGAAAACUGUAUUAUAAUGAUGAACAUCCAACUAAUAACAUGCUCCGUUAUUAAGACGUUCUGCUAUACUUUGUAACAUUUGCUGGUACUGUAAUUUAAUUUUGGAGACUUAUAUUAAAUUGUUUUUAUACUUGUUGAUUUGAAUGUGCAUUACUAGUUGUAAUUGAUCACGGUUACAUCUGGAAGCAGUGGUCAAAUUUUGAAACAAUAAAAAUAUUAUACAUUCAA